UGAUUUAAACCAGCUGUUGUCAAGUGCCCCGGGGCCCCAGCUAUUUGCAUUGCUAAAUAGUCUGUAUAGCAGACGACGGAGGAGAAAAAAAAAUUAACUCCUUAUUUUGAAAAAACAUUCCUCGUGGAACUGGUCAACUCUUGCGUUGCUCUCGGUAGACUACACGUUGGUUAACCAAAGCCAGGUGUCGGUUUUCGCUUGAAGGCGCGGAGUCGGGGGGAGGCGAGAGCGCCCGAUUGCGCAGUGGUGUACUCUAAGGGGUCUACGGUAGAGCAGUUCUGACAAGUUCGCUGCAAAGAAAUUACGGGCUGGUCCUUCGGCUCUUUCAUUUGGAACCACCACGGACCCAUAAAAACCAUGCUCUUUGAAGGACGUUUCUCGAGUUUCUGGACGUUCGCUAGGAUGUUGACAGUUCUGAUGUUGAUCGUACUAUGUAUCCAGUCUGGCAAUACGCAGACGUGCACAGAUGGCUUUAUCUAUGACCGGCGUAUCAGACAGUGUGUUGACCUGGACGAGUGCCGGACGCUCGCGGACCCCUGCCGCGGGGACAUGCGCUGCGUGAAUCAAAACGGCGGCUACCUGUGUCUCCCGCGAGGCAUGUACAGUCAGCCCUACGCCAGGACCAACCCAUCGACCUAUAGUGAGCCGUCUUAUCCGGACACAGCCUUGGCCUUUCCCGAACCCUACCCGUCGGUCCAGCGGCCCCCUGCAGCUCCCAGCUUCCCGGUCUCUGGACGGUCCGCCCCCUGUGUCCUUGGAUACGUCCUUGCGGAGGAUGGCCUUUGCACGGACAUUGAUGAGUGUGAAACGGAGUCUCACCAGUGCAAUCCUACCCAAGUGUGCAUCAACACGGCUGGGGGAUAUACCUGUACCUGUUCAGAGGGGUACUGGCUGAUUGGUGGCCAGUGUCAGGAUAUCGAUGAGUGUCGCUAUGGUUACUGCCAGCAGCUUUGCGCCAACGUCCCGGGGUCGUACUCCUGCUCCUGUAACCCUGGCUUCCUCCUAAACCCAGACGGCAGGACGUGUCAAGACGUGGACGAGUGCGAGGACAUCCCCUGCACGCACGGGUGCAUUAACACCUACGGCUCCUUCAUGUGCAACUGCGUCGAGGGCUUCGAGCUGGCGUCCGACGGGACCACGUGUAACGACCUGGACGAGUGUAGCUUCUCUGAGUUCUUGUGCCAGCAUUCGUGUCUGAACAUACCCGGCUCCUUCACCUGUGUCUGCCCCCCCGGGUACUUCAUCUUUGAGGAUGGGCGGAGCUGUGAAGAUAUCAAUGAAUGUGACACUGGUAACAACACCUGUACAACAGCACAAGUAUGUUUCAAUUUCCAGGGGGGGUAUAAAUGCCUGGACCCUAAUAAAUGUGACCCACCUUACAUUGAGAUCAGCGAGAAUCAGUGCAUGUGCUCAGCCGAAAACCCUGCGUGCAGGGAGAGGCCGUUCACCGUCCUGUUCAGGCACAUGGACCUGACCUCCGGUCGCGGCGUCCCCGCGGACAUAUUCCAGAUGCAGGCCACCACGCGCUACCCGGGGGCCUUUUACAUCUUUCAGAUCAAGUCAGGCAACGAGGGCAGAGAGUUCAGCAUGAGGCAAACCAGCAACGUCAGUGCCACUCUAGUCCUGACUCGCCCUAUCAAGGGCCCAAGAGAGGUGGUCUUAGACCUGGAGAUGGUCACUGUCAACCACGUCAUUAACUUCAGAGGCAGCUCCAUCAUCCGACUCACGAUAUACGUCUCCGAGUAUUCCUACUGAAGCCCUGAAGUUUCUGACCUUUGACCUCUCAACCCCUGACUGACCCCAGUCCUCGAUCCACAACCUCCUCCAUCCGGCAGCUUGGUUUGUCUUUGAUUAUGCCUACACUGUACCGGGGAUUCUGGGAAACCCCCCCACCCCAUUUCGGGUUCAACAUCUCCUAGUUCCACAACCCCAGCCCCCAAAAAGAAAUCCUUUUCAGGGACGCUCUAUCUUAAGGCUGCCGAAAGACCGGUUCACAUUUAUCCACGUGGAAGAAGAUUUUUGUAGCAAUGGCAAUAUGGGUUUGUCAUUUGAUCUUGUGAAUAUUAAAGAACUCGUUAUUCACAGGGUCCUUUUUACCAUUUCAUUUUCUCUUUUGUGAAAAGUCUUUUUUUUCCACCUGUACUGAGAUGCCAGAAUAUUCCUCCAAGUUGCCUGUGUUUUUCCAUCUAUUUCUUUUUGCUGGAUUUAUGUUAUUUUGGUUUACUAUUGUACGCCUCCUUGUUUCCUGUGAACCCUCUCAGCUUAACUGUUUUACUGAACUGAGAGGGCAAAGUUACACAACAGUGUUUUCACAUGACAGACACGUGUCCAGUUUUAAAAAAAUAAAAAUAAAAAGAACAGCAUAUCAGGAGAUAGGGGAUAAUACUACCACACACUGCAAUGUUCCGGAAGGAUGAAUUAUUGAAAAUGCACAUCAGAAUUAUAUUCUUGGUGUACAGUACCUCGUAUCAGUCUUAGCCGUGAAUUACAAUACAACCACAGAGAGGGUCUGUGCAAAUGUUCUGACGCAAUGUCAGGGGUGGUUAACGUGAGAAUGAUCAGCAACCCAACCCAAGAUCAAUUCAAAGUCUAAACGCAUGCUUCAGUGGGAACCAAUAUUUAUGUUCGUCAUUUUCUAGCCUUGAGUUGGAUUUCUUAGAUUAAAUCUUCGUCUGACAAACCCCAUCACUGCCGCACAGUGUGUUUAAAAACCGCAUCUUAAUCCAACUGUUUCUCAAGGAAAUGUUUGUCUGUUCUGUUGCGGUGGUGUAGUAAUUCGGUCGAAAGUGUUUUUUAAAUUGUUAUUCGUUUGUGCCACCUUAAAGGAUUAACUCAAAAAUGUAUUCAGCAUUCCAAACAUUGAAAUGUUUGUCUUUUUAAAAAAUGUGUCUGCUAGUCAUUCACGUGUCAUCUUUUAUAUACUUGUUUUUAUUAAGACCCUGUAAGUAAUCUUGGUCAGUCAAAUAAAGGUGUAAAUCCUGA